AUGAGUGAGUUCAUGAAGUUAACUGCUACUGAUAUGAAGUCUAUUCUUCAGAAGCUCACAGUUAUCACGGUGUUUUCAGAGACUAUUCAGGAUGAUCAAAAUCCUGAUGAGUUCUCUAUUGAAGAUACUAUUUCCGAAGAAGAACCAUGUAUACACCUCGUUGGAGCUGUUUUCACUACUCAUAAAGAAAAUGAGGAUAUAGUGUUGGAUCAGCAAUUGCUCAAUACUGUACGUAUUGCUCUGAAGUUCUCUCCCGAGGUUAAUGAUCUGCGACGUAAAGCUGCUACUUCCUCGGAUGUGUUGGUUGGCUACGUGGUUCGUGAUGAUCUGCUCUACCGUGUUGGUAGCGUAGCUCUCAGCGAUUCUGAUAGAGGUAGCUGUGUUACUUCUCAGAUUGUUGUCCCUGAGAAUCGAGUGGAUGUGCAGUUCGAGGUUGUGAAAUAUUUCCAUGACCUACAUGGUGGCCAUCCAGGAAGAGCUGCGCUUACACGUUGGAUAUGGCGUCACUUCUACUGGAAGAGAUUAGAUCAACGAGUCCGAUCCUUCAAUAGAGACUGUCUGGGAUGCCAAGCUCGGCAACAAGCAGCUAAUAGGAAACGUGUAAUGUCGUCUAGACCGCCAGCUUGCCCAGUGCGUUUUGGUCCGUUUGCUAUUGCUUACUUUGACAGCAGUGGACCUUAUCAGUUCGUUUAUGAGGAGAACGGUCAGAAAAGGACUGGCAAGUUCUACUUAUUUUCGUUGGUUUGCCAAUCUACUCGUUAUAUUCGUGUCCUUCCUACUGUGGAUAAAUCUGCAGCCGCUGCCUCACAAGCCCUAUAUCAACUACUGGCUGAGGAAGGACGUGUGAGUCUACUGGUGACUGAUCAGGCGUUAUGCCUUCCAGUCGUGGCUGCCGUGGUGAAGGACUUUGGUGGUUUGUUGGUUCCUGCACCUGCUAGGGGUGAAGAACUUCGAGGUUGGGGUGAGAGACCACAUAAAGAUCUUCAUUCUAUUGUUCGAGGAUCAUUGUUUGACCUCAAGAAGUUGCCUACUAGGAAUGAGUUGCUUCGUUUAUUCUAUAAGGCAGCCAUGGUGGUGAAUAUGACCCCUUACACUGAUUCAAGCCCUUUAUGCCCUUUUUUAUUGUGUCGUGGUCAUGAUCGCUUGAUUGGCGAUCCUGGUGCUAUUGAAGAAGCUGAGGGUAUUCGCAAAGCAGUAUAUGAGGGAUUGGAACCGCCAUCGUGGUGGGCAGAAGUUAAUACAGAAGAUUAUUUAUCCAUCCUGGAGCAAGGCCGUGCAACGAGAUUGGCUGAAUUGGCUGAUAUCUGGUGGCUUAAGCGCCGUGCCGUUCGCGAGAAGUUACUUGGUCGAUUCCUUCGUCAUGCAGCAAGGGGAUUAUGCGAGAAUUCACAAGCCUUUAGGUGGCGACCACAGCUAGGGAUCUUUGGCAAGCUCAACACUGGCUGGCAGCCCGUGACGUUACUUAAGAAGAAGAGUGAUAGUGUAUGGCUAGUACGUCUCGAGGAUGGGAAAGAAGUCGACGAGUCAGUGCUUAACUUGCGCAUUCCAUCUGCUGAGUGA